GUAGACAGGCAAGGCUAGCAACAAGCUGGAGCAUCUAAAAAAUUGAUUUGCUACCUUUGUAAUGCUGACGAGUAUAUAAAGAUGAUGACCGUAAUGGAUGUGUCCAGCAGCAGGCUGAGUCUUUAAUAUCCUUUUGUUCCUUGAGUCCCUCCAUGGAUGCCUGCUCAAUAUCCUCUUCCCAGAAACCAUCUGCAGUUGCCAAUCAGAUCUUGGUGUCCCAGCCAGCCUGACUCCCUAGCCGUUGCCUGGCAACUGGGACUGCUGCUCUGUAAUUCAAUCCAUGGAAAGAUCCUGCAGGGGUUUACAUGAGAAGAGGCAAGAAGAAAUUAUCAUUAGAUGCACAGUGGGACACAAAUGACCAAGGAUGGACUCCAUUUCCCACACUGCUGAGCCGGGACAUGAAAUGAGCAUUUAGCUGAGUGGCUCUGCAGCUACAGUCAGAUUGAUCCAUCUCCUGAGUGCACCACGACUGAAUUCAAAUUGCUAAUGUGCUAGAGUGAGUAAGGACUUUGUUGGGAACUCCUGCCAGAGAGAGGGAGACUACAGGGAGAGCUAUCGGGGGGCACACUGGGACUCAGUGUGGACCUGAGAGAGUUAGGAUAGUGGUGAGCCAAAGAGGUAAGAUGAAUGUUAACAACGGUCAAACUCUGAUCGUUGGUGGACAGGACUUGACCAGGAAUGGCAGCAGCAGUAGCAAUCGAGCCCCCUGGGAAGAUGCUAGGACGGUUCUGAAGCCCUCCACCCCUACCAAGAAACCUAAACCACCCAAGCCGGAGAAUGCCAUCACCAUCGCUGUGUCGUCAAGAGUCCUCUUCAACAUGGAGAAGGAGCAGCAGAUUUACGAGCAGCAAGGCAUGGAGGAGUACAUUAAGUAUCAGGUGGAGCAUGAAACGGAGCCUUUUAGCCCCGGCCCUGCCUUCUCCUUUGUCAAGGCUCUGGAGGCUGUGAACACUCGCCUGAGGGAGCUUUACCCCGAGAGCGAGGAGCUCUUUGAUGUUGUGCUCAUGACCAACAACCAUGCAUACGUCGGCCUGCGACUCAUCAAUACCAUCAAUCAUCACCAGCUGUUCAUCGAGCGCUUCUGUAUGACUGGUGGAAACAGCCCCAUCGGCUACCUGAAGGCCUACCACACUAACUUAUACUUGUCUGCUGAUGCAGCCAAGGUUCGGGAAGCUCUGGAGGAAGGUAUAGCAGCAGCCACAAUGUUCACCCCAGAGAAGAUGAAGGAAGUAUCGGAGACUCAGCUGCGGGUUGCAUUUGAUGGUGACGCUGUCCUCUUCUCUGAUGAGUCUGAACGCAUUUUCAAGGCCCACGGACUUGACAAGUUCUUUGAGCAUGAGAAGGCACAUGAGAACAAGCCUCUGGACCAUGGGCCAUUGAAGGGCUUCCUGGAGGCUUUAGGAAAGCUGCAGAAGAAGUUUUAUGGCAAAGGCCAGCGUAUGGACUGCCCUAUCCGUACCUACCUGGUGACAGCUCGCAGUGCAGCCAGUUCUGGUACCAGAGCCCUAAAAACUCUGCGCUCAUGGGGUCUAGAGAUCGAUGAGGCUCUCUUUCUGGCAGGGGCACCCAAGGGCCCCAUGCUGGAGAAGAUCAGGCCACACAUUUUCUUUGAUGACCAGAUGUUUCAUGUGGAAGGGGCAGCAGAGCUGGGGACAGUGGCGUGCCAUGUGCCCUACGGGAUUGCUCAGAGAGUUGCUAAGAAAGGAAUUAAAGACAAAGAGACGUCUUCAGCACUCAAGUAACCUUUUUAAAGAGGACAUCACUGUGCAGAAGCAAAGGAGACUAAAGGGACACUUCAUUUUGGCAUUCGGCAGCUUAAGAUGUUGGAGCUGACGGAAAAUGUUAUAAGUUACCAAAACUAUGAUUGAAAUGGGUUGAAAAUGUAAUAAAAUCCAGUUGAUGCAGUAUAACUUAUAUAUAAUAAUAAUGUGAUGUCAUUACAGUAAUUCACAAGUUCUUAUAUUAACAGUUUAUGACAUUUCAAUUCAUUCAGAGGGUAAUUUUUACCUAUUCUGGUUAUUAUAAGUUUAUAAAGUGGUCCCACCUACAACACUCUUUAUAAAGGGUUUAUAAAUUGUAACUAAUGGAUUAAUGGUUAAUAGAUUAUUAGGUCAUAAUGUUUAUAGAUUAAUUCUAAGCUAUUAAUUGGAACAGAAUUCAUCUUGCCAUGUUGUCAAAAAUAUGUUUGACUAGUUGGACCAAUUUGACUAAUUGGACCACUAAUUAGGCAUUUAGGCUUUAUUAAUGGUAUUAUUACUAAACAGAAAGGAUAAAGACCAGCCAAAGAAUU